AUGAGUCUCCUCUCCAGAUUCUCUCCGCAAGCCAAAAUCUCAUUGGUCCACUGCGAGGAGAAUCAAGUCCUUUUGACAGCAAAGCACCACACCAAAUCCGAGACCGAAAAACAAAUCAAACUCAUCGAUAUAUGUCGCGAAGCCACCCCUUCAACAUGCAAUCUCAACCCUCUCCUCUUCAACGGCCACCUCCAAACAGGCUGGACAACCAUCAAGGAAACAAACGAGAUCCCUAUCUACUACAAACGCAAGAUCUUUGAGCAAGAGAUCCCUUCGCUCGCGGGCCAAUUCGCGGUUGAUUUCGUCGUGCCUGCGUACCCCAAAACAACGGGCCCGGAAGCUACAGAUGAAGCGAGGAAGUAUACCUUGCCCUCGGGACUUCCCGCACGAACGGCAUUCUUUUCGCAAGAAGAGCUUGCCGCGUUACCGUCGGAUGAUACGAAACCGAUGCUGGUGGCGUUGCAUGGAUUGACCGGUGGAUCGCAUGAGGUAUAUCUGCGCGCUGCUCUUGCGCCGCUCGUGCUGGAUAGGGAGAGUGGGUGGGAGGCUUGUGUUGUGAAUGGUCGGGGAUGCGCGCAGACAAAACUUAGUACACCGUUACUAUUCAAUGGACGUGCGACAUGGGAUGUCCGGCAGGUGGUUAAAUGGCUUCGAAAGACGUUUCCGAAUCGACCAUUGUUUGGGAUUGGGUUUUCUCUAGGUGCUAACAUUAUGGUUAAUUAUCUGGCAGAAGAAGGUGAAAAUUGUCUUCUCAAUGCCGCCGUUAUCUGUGCCAAUCCUUGGAACUUGGAUGCGACUAACCUUGCUCUUCGGACUUCGUGGUUGGGCUCUGAAGUCUACUCGGCACAUAUGGCUGUCAGUCUUGUCAAUCUUUUCAAUCAACAUGUGGACGAAUUAAUACAUCAUCCCCGUUUGAAGGUCGAUGCUAUGAAGGAUGUCAAAUACAUUCAUGAAUUUGAUAGGGCUGUACAAUGUCCUCUAUGGGGUUACCCAACUGAAGGAGCCUACCAUCGCGACGCAUCCUCUACAGACUCCUUACUGGCAAUUCGAAUUCCGUUUUUGGCCAUAAACGCUGAAGAUGAUCCUAUCUCCGUCAAGGCAGCAAUUCCCUACGACGAAUUCAAACAAACACCCUACGGAGUAUUGUUGACGACCUCCUGGGGUGGACAUCUCGGCUGGUUUGAACUGGGAGGUUGUCGAUGGUUUACCAAACCGGCUACAAACUUCCUAGAUCUAAUGGCCAAAACCAUCGACUUUUCAGUCACACCCAAACCCGAAAAGGGUAAAGAAGGGUUGUACGGAGAGUCACUCGCAAAUGGUAGCAUACACAAACCGCCUCAGGUGCCGGUCUUUUAUCCAGUGAACCGGAAACUGUCCAUGACCAUCGGCAACUAGAGCAGAAUAUUGAAGGUGUUCCUUCAAAACAUGUAUUGAAAUUCCUGAUAAUACCGUCAAUGAGUCCGUGUCACCUUCGCCUCAAACGCCGGAAGAACCGCAACCAACAUUCAGAAUAUCCCUCAUCAAAAACGAAUAAUGACCACCAAUGCAUGCAUAUAUAGCGCAUAUAGAGA